UACAGUCUAUGGUGUCCUGUGAACCUGAUUCGGUUCGAAUGAUUCUAAGAAAAGAACCGAUUCCGGUAUAGGAAUGAAGGCAGUUGGCGGGAAAUGUGGAGCAGGUUGAGAACUGAAUCAGAGGAGCUUCAGUCAGAGGAGUGAUUUAAAAAUGUCGAAGAAGAAAGGACUCAGUUUGGAAGAGAAGAGGUCUCGUAUGAUGGAGAUAUUUUUUGAAACAAAGGAUGUUUUUCAACUGAAGGACAUUGAAAAAAUUGCUCCCAAAUCCAAAGGAAUCACCCCGAUGUCAGUGAAGGAGGUGCUGCAGAGUCUGGUGGAUGAUAACAUGGUGGAUUCGGAGAGAGUGGGCACCUCUAACUAUUACUGGGCCUUUCCCAGCAAAGCGCUGCACGCUCGCAAGCACAGACUGGAGGACCUGGAGAAGCAGAAUGAAGAAUCAAAACAACGGAAGACAGCUCUUCAACAGGCUGUGGAGAAAGCCAAAAAUGGACGACAAGAUACCAAAGAGAGAGCUACUCUUCAGAAGGAGCUUCAGUCUCUGAAAGAGCAGAGAGAGUCGCUGAGAGCCGAGGUGGAGAAAUAUAAAGAGUGUGAUCCGGAAGUGGUGGAGGAGAUGAGGAAGGAGAACAUUACUGCAAAGGAAGCUGUAUCCAGAUGGACCGAUAACGUGUUUUCCAUCAAGUCCUGGGCGAAGAAGAAGUUCAGCUUUGAGGACAGUCGACUGGAUAAAGCGUUUGGGAUUCCUGAGGACUUUGAUUACCUGGACUGACUGAUUGUUCACGUUUCCUAACUGUAGAUACACAUCUGGGUUCAGCAAUGGUUGUAGAGUGUUUUAUGCUGAUCUGAGGCCAGUUUACUCCACACCCUGCCGCACAUGUGUUCAUGCAGUCAGGGUGUGUUUGGUGUUUGAAGUCUGAAGGGUUUCUAUAGUUUUGCAAUGGAGCUGUGAGCCUGGUGUUGCUAGCAAACAAUGGGAGUGUGUACACCACCAGAGAGCAUCAUCAUUAGGAGUAACCUAACAGAACUGUGUGGAUUCUGAAUUGAUGCAGCUUUAUUGUGAAUGAUAAAAGGCGAUGGUGAGAGAGGAAAUGGACGACAGUGGUGAAUAAGGGUUUCACUGACAAUGUUUGGCCCGAUGUUCCAAUAAUAGUAGAAGGUUUGUGUUCCGACUCUUUGCUUACAUUUCUAAUGACAAACCAAGUAUUAAAUAGCUUUUGUUUAAAUGUUCCAACACCAGAAAGGGGUUAAUUUCACAGUGUAUAAGAUAAAUCCUCAUUUAAAGAAAGACUGCAUUAACCUCAAAACUUCAUAAAAAAAUAAUAAGAAUUUGCUGCAUUGUUGCAUCGUUGCUGCAUUCUGUUUUGCUAAUAUCCACAUAGUUUUUGACGCUCUAAUCUCAUUUAUAGUAAAUAAAUAUGUUCAGAACUGUA